AGCUUUCCUGACUUCAUCCUUUCUAAUCUUAUCUACUUUCUGUUCCACAGAGGUCACCCCUUCUACUCUUUUUGUGUGUCAUUAAUCUGUCGAGUGUGUGGAUUCAAGCAACCAUUUAAUGAAAAAACUCUUCUCAGCCAUUUGAGGACACAUUUAAAACAACACGAGAUGGUGGAUUGUCCAUUUAAAAACUGUCACUACCGUACUAAUGUGUAUUCCUCUUUUAAUGCCCACAAAAGUAGGAAUCAUCCAGAUUGUGAAGUCUCAGAUCUUAAGAAUGAGAUUGUUUUGAUAGACGCUGACCACUCAAUGCAGAGUCAGGUUGAAUGUGAUGAGGCUGGUCCCUCUCAGAAGUCUCCUGAGCUUGAUGCUCCUGAGUAUAAUCCACCAGAGUCUGUUUGUAACUCUGAUAUGAAUGAAUUGCAAGAUCAGUUGAGAAACAACUUGGCUUCAUUGUUCUUGAAAAUGCACAGUGUUCUUCAUGUAUCAGAAACAGCUAUACAAGACAUAGUUGAAAAUUUAAUACAUAUAUUUUCAGUGUCCAAACCUCUUGUGAGAGAGACGAUCAUGAGAGUUCUGCAAGAGCAUGGUCAGUCAAUCAGUGAUGAUUCUCUCAAUAAAUUAGUGGAAGCUAUGAUGAAAGGUAAUGUCUUUGUCAGUGCUACUAUGGAAGGUGCAGAGCUGUCCACUGCUAAGAGGAGGAAAACAUUUGUGAGGAGUAACUACCCUCUGGUAAUGCCAGUGCAAUAUACUGUAGAUUCCAGUGGACACACAGCAGUGCAUGUUCCAAUACUACAUAUGCUCCAAACAAGGUUUAAAAAUACAGAUCUUCUUGACAAGAAGAUUCAAGAAGUUAAACCAUCUCCACCUGGGAUGUACAUAUCUCAUGAAGAUGGAACAUAUUUUAAAGAAAAUCAGUUACUGUCAGCAGCUGGAGAACUGAAAUUGGCAGUGAUUUUGUAUGUUGAUGACAUUGAACUUGCUAAUCCUUUAGCAACAGCUAGAAAAAUUCACAAGCUUUGUGCACUAUAUUGGUUGCUUGCCAAUAUACCCAGUCAGUAUAGGUCCAGCCUACAUGUCAUACAGCUAGCUCUGCUAUGCAAAGUAUCUGACCUUCAGAAGUGUGGUUAUGAACAUGUUCUGUCACCUUUGUUGAAACACUUGCACACUCUUGAGCAAGACGGCAUUUUCAUUGAAACUCUUGGACUGUGUGUCAGGGGAACUGUUUUGUGUGUUGCAGCUGAUAAAAUGGCUGCCCACGGUCUUGCAGGCUUUGUGCAGUCUUUUCGAGGACAAUAUGUCUGCAGAUUCUGUUGCUGUACUGCAAACCAGAUACAAUCCACUGAAGUUUCUGAAGGAGAGUUUAGCAUGAGAACAAGAGCCUGUCAUGAUCUUCAUGUGCAGAAAGCUGUGCAAGGAGAAAAUGCAAGUCAUCUUGGUGUUAAAGGUGAAUGUGUUCUCAGGAACGCGCUGCAGCAUUUCCAUCCCAUCACAGGUUUCCCACCUGAUAUACUUCAUGACCUGUUUGAAGGUAUUGUGCCAGUUGAGUUGGCGCUGUGCAUCAGUGAGAUGAUUCGACUUAAGUAUUUCACUCUUGAAUUUCUGAACACAAAAAUACGCGCCAUCCCAUAUCAGCACUUCGACAGGCUUGAUAAACCACAACAAAUCCCAAAGAACUUUGCAGCCAAACUAAGUAUUGGUGGGAAUGGGCAUGAAAAUUCAACUUUACUGAGGUUAUUACCACUCAUGGUAGGAAGUAAAGUUCCUGAAGGAGAUGAAGCUUGGGCCAUACUGAUGGAUCUGAAAGAAAUUGAGCAGCUGGCACUGUCUCCGUCUUUCACAGAGGAAUCCAUCCAGUACAUGCAGACUAAAAUAAGUGACCACAGACAGGGCCUUCAGGCAGUGUUUCCUGACUUUAAGCUCCGACCCAAACAUCAUUAUAUUGAGCACUACCCAGAACUAACAAAGUGUUUUGGGCCUCUGGUUCACCUAUGGACCAUGAGGUUUGAAGGAAAACAUUGCUUUGUCAAAAGGGUCGUACAUCACACACAAAAUUUCAAGAAUGUCUUGAAAACUCUCGCUACCAGACAUCAGCACAUGAUGGCGUAUCAUCUCAGUGCUCCAUUAUUUUUCAGACCCCACACACAAGCAUCAAGUGUCACUUCUGUCCAAGUUGCCACUUUGCCGGAAGUGGUUAAAGACUUCAUAAAGACAAAGACUGAUAGCCAAAACAUAUACACUACCUCAAAGGUCACCAUAAAUGGAACAGACUAUGCAAAUGGAAUGUUUGUUUCUGCAGGCCAGGCAGGAGGACUUCCAAAAUUCAGCAGGAUUGAAAAGAUACUACUUGUGAACAACUCUGCCUCCUUUCUUUGCAGGAAGUACGAGUGCUGGUACAGUCAGCACUUAAGGUCCUUUGAGCUGACAUCAUCAAGCAGCUUCUCUGUGCAUCAGCUGUCAGAGCUAAAUGACACAAAAAUGGCAGCUCAAAACUUCCUACUUCAUGUCCAUACCUCCACAGACAUUGUCAGGAAGAUGACUUUGUCUUCACGGCCACCAUCUGUGGAGGAGCUAAAAACAAUGAACAAAGAAAAGUUUAAGCUAGACUUUGACUUUAGUUUAUCAUACCAAGAUCCAGAUUUCGAUGGGCGGCUAUGUUCCCUUGUAGAUAUUGAGGAGCUUCCACAGAAGGUUGUGCUAAAAGUUAUAAGGUCUGAGAGUGAUGCCAGUUCAGUAGCAUCAGAUGACACCAUCAUAUUGCUCCAUGCCAUUACUCCAGACAGGACUGAGAGAUGGCCUGAUGUUUUUCCAGUGCCCACUUUUUCUUAUGAGGUAGAACUCAUCCUUGGUGAGGGAAAUGUUGGUUAUGAGAGAACAGGGAAAACUCUCAAGUUACCUAGGGGACAAAAACAUGAUAUCCUCGAAACCCUCGCAGCCAAAAUGCACAGUUUUACAGCAGACCCCAAUGAUAAGGAGAUUUCAAUGGUAGCAGAAGCACUUGUCACUCAGCAUCCAUGUCUAACAGAGCCAGGAUCUCGGACAGGGUGGUAUGGUUGGAAAAACAGUCUGAAGUUUAAGAUGGGGAACUACCGCACCAAGUUAAGUCGGGCUGGAUUUCAUGAGGUGGCGGUAAAUACUGGUGAAGUUCAGAUGAGUGAGAAAAAUCUUCCCAUGAUCACAAAGUUAACGCAGAUCACCUUUGACCUGCGGCGGAAAGAGGUCAUCAAUGAUGACCUGCCUGUUGGUGACAUUCUUGAACGCUGGCCUGCCCUUAAACUGGAGUCACAGAACUUAUUCAGGAAGAAAGCUGCUCGCACAGGGAAAGUAGCUGAAGUUCUGGAUCAGCUGUUCAGGAUUUAUGACCUCCAGGUCACGCAGUCUGAAGAACCAGGCAUAGAUGACAUACCAGCUGGACUCCUCUCAGUCAACACCAAUUCAACAGAUGCCACGUUCUUCUCCCCAGAGAGGACUGCAGUUGUGCUUGAGGGUAAUGUAGUUAUUGAUUGCACCACCUUGGCUGACGCAUUUAUCAUGCUUUUUGCACUCAUUUAUGUCCUGCAUCUGAGUUUCCCAAAAGACCUGGCCAACACAUUUGACUUUAUCCAGAAAGUCUUGAUGGGUCUAGAUGAUGGGAAGUCGAGGCCCAGGGUGUUGAGUCUUAAAAAUGAACUUUUUGCAGUGGAGUAA